UACUCCAAUCAAGCUUACAAAGACAACAUCACCUCCCAGCAGGGUGCUGUUGAUUUGUUGCUGGACCAAGCUGGGAGGAACAGCAAGCCCAUCAAGAAGAAAUCCAGGGAAGAUGGAGAUUGUGACAAGUGUGAUGAGUUCCCUCAUCCUCAAGCUGGCUGAGCUGCUAACCGACGAAUACAAGUUGCAGACAAGCCUAAGAGGUGAGAUCAUGUUCCUGAAAGCCGAGCUCGAGAGCAUGGAAGCUGCCCUCGAGGCAGUGUCAGAGGCUCCUGUAAAUGGAAACCAGGUUAAUAUAUGGGCAAGUGAGGUAAGGGAGCUGUCCUACGACAUCGAGGACAGCAUUGAUCAAUUCAUGGUGUGCAUCGACACCCAUCCAUCAGUAACACCACAGGGAUUCAAAGGGUUCAUUAGUAGGAGCAUGCGAUUGUUGACAGCAGCCAAGACUCAGCAUCACAUUGCGACAGAAAUUGGAGAUAUGAAGACCCUUGUCAAGGAGGUGGCUGAGCGCCGCAAUAGGUACAAGGUUGACAGUGUUGUCAUCCCACCUUCUACGGCAGUAAAUAUUGACCCCCGUUUGCAUGGUAUCUAUGAAGAACCAUCAAAACUCAUUGCAAUCUGUGGCCCAAAAGAAGAACUAUCUAAGUUGCUCGUUCGAGAGGGCACAUCCAAGCAACUGAAAGUGAUUUCCAUUGUCGGAGUUGGUGGUUUGGGUAAGACAACUCUUGCUAAUGUCGUGUACCAACAGUUGAAGGGACAAUUCGAAUGCAAUGCUUUUGUGCCAGUGUCCCUCAAGCCUGAUAUGAAGAGAAUUCUAAGCAGCAUACUCCGUCAAGUUAGCGAGCAAAGUUAUACGAACAUUGAAACAUGGGAUGUUGUGGAACUUAUCAACAAGAUCAGACAAGUUCUUGAGGAUAAGAGGUACUUGAUUGUAGUUGAUGAUAUCUGGGAUGAAUCGGCUUGGAAUUUGAUCAAAGAUGCACUCGUUGAUAACAACUGUGGUAGUAGAGUGAUCACGACAACUCGAAUAGCUGGGAUUGCUGCAACAUGCUGCUCUUUUACUGAUGGUAUAAUCUAUAAGCUAAAACCUCUUUCUCAUAAUGACUCAAUGAAGUUAUUCUACAAAAGAAUAUUUGGCGACCAAGAUCAUUGCCAUCCAGAACUGAAAGAAAUAUCAGAGAAAAUUUUGAGAAAAUGUUAUGGAGUGCCACUAGCCAUCAUUACUAUAGCUAGUCUUUUGGCUAAUAAACCAAGGAAUAUAAACCAGUGGAACAGUGUGCAUAGUUCCAUCGGUAAUGGAACUGAAAAGUUCCCUAGUAUGGAGAACAUGCGCCAAAUAUUGUCUAUCAGCUACUAUGAUUUACCUUCCCAUUUAAAACCUUGUUUGCUAUAUCUAAGUAUUUUUCCAGAGGAUUACACUAUUUUGAGGGAUCAAUUGAUACGAAGAUGGAUAGCUGAAGGCAUUAUCCAUGGCACUGAUGUUGAAACUUUACAUAAUCUUGGGCACAAUUACUUCAAUGAGCUUAUGAACAGGAGCAUGAUUCAACCUGAACAUAUUGAUGCUCGUGGCAUGGUAGGAGCUUGCCGUGUGCAUGAUAUGGUGCUUGAUCUCAUCACUUCAUUAUCGACCAAAGAAAAUUUCGCCAUUACAUCACAUCAUCACCAGCACAAACAUCUUCCAAGGAGGAUUCGCAGAUUUUCCCUCCAUGGUAGUGACGAAGAACACACCAGACCCGAGGUGGCCUUGAAUUUGUCCCAUUUGAGAUCACUUAUGGUCUUCCCUGGAGCUACUAACAUGAUGCCUGCUCUUUCAAGCUUUCAAGUUUUGCGAGUAUUGGACUUAGAAGGUUGCCGUGACCUGCAGAACCAUCAGAUUAGUAAUGCUGGUAGUUUAUUUCAUUUAAGGUAUCUAGGACUGAGGGAUACAAAUAUUACCAGCCUUCCAAACGAGAUAGGGAAUCUAAAUUAUUUGCAGACCCUGGACUUAAAGCAAACAAGCAUAAGUUAUCUUCCACCAACAGUUGUUCGGCUGAGACAACUGAUGUGCCUAUAUAUUGAACCAUCAGUGAUGCUGCCAGAUGGUAUAGGGAACAUGGAGUCUCUACAAUUGCUAUCAUCCGUUGGUGUCAGCAGCUCUGCAAACUUUGCAAGAGAACUAGGCAGGCUAACUGAAUUGAGAACACUUCACAUUUCAGUCAUUAGCACAUGGCAUGAGAACCACAAGAAUUCUUUGGUUGAUUCUUUAUGCAACCUGAAUAAAAUCCAAGAACUACAUAUUGAUUCUACAGGAAUGUCCACUGAGUUCAUUGUGGAUUUAUCAUGGGCUCCUCGCUAUCUCAAAAAGUUCGCAGGAAGUGUGCCUCGAUUGCCAAGGUGGGUGAACCCCUUGCUAUCAGAUCUGACAACUAUGAUCAUUACACUGAACAUGCUACGACAGGAGGAUAUCCAAAGUCUUGGAGGCUUACCUUUCCUGCAAUUCCUUUGCCUUACUGUAUUAACAACUGAUUCUGCUGAAGAAAGGAUCAUCAUUAGAACUCAUGGAGCAAACUUCCAGUCCCUAUCUGAGUUUCACUUUCAUAGUUUUAAAAUGGGCCUCUUUUUUGCACAAGGAGCUAUGCCAAAGCUUGAAACCCUUGAGGUCACGCUCAAAGUGCAGGAGAGAAAGGCUGCAUAUGGUGAUUUUGAUAUCGGCUUGGAGAACCUCUCUUCGAUUAAGCAGGUCAUCGUUAGGAUUCGUUGUACAGGUUCCACAGUUUAUGAGGUGGAUGAUGCUGAUUCUGCCUUGAGGAGGACAGCUGGUUUGAAUCUCAACCAUCCGAAGCUUGAGGUUAUAAGGUAUUACGAAGAUGAAAUGGUAGAUGCCGAACUCCAAUGCAAUAAGGAAACAUUGAAAGAGGAGGAAAAAGAGGAGGUUGUUCUUCAGAGAAGAGGGCCAUGGGGCGGAGAUGGAGGGAGCACUCGUGACAUCACAAUGGCACCCAAAAGUCUAAAAAGCGUGAAAGUUUGUAGUGCUGUGGUGGUGGAUUCACUCAGUUUUUCCUACCUCGACAGAUAUGGGAGGGAACACAACACGCCACUUUGGGGUGGUGUUGGGGGGAGUAUCCGUAUGAUUAACCUUGGUCCGUCAGAGUUUGUGAAGGAGGUUUCCGGGACAUACGGUCGUUUCUCUCAUCUUCCUAAUGUUAUUACGUCAUUCACCCUGGUGACCAAUUUAUGCAGCUACGGACCUUUCGGACAACCUAGUGGAACCCCCUUUCACACUCGAGUAGACAGAACUGGCAGCAUUGUUGGCUUCUUUGGGCGCUCUGGGAAGUAUCUUGAUGCAAUUGGUGUUUAUGUUCGCCCUUUUGAAUCGUAGAUACUGCUUUGUUUGCAUCCUUUUGGCUAACUGUAGUUAUGGUGAAACAUUCAAGAAGUAUUAUUGUUGUCUUCACCACUCCAGUUUUUUAGACGAUGGUCAUGUCCUGAUAGCAUGAUACUUAUUACAAU